AUGAGAAGCCAUGGCUGCUGCUGCUGCCUGCGUAAAGUACAAAAAGCGAUACGUUACUACUCUUCUUCUUCAGCUUCACGUCUAUUGGACUUCAUAAACAUUGAUUUUCCUUCUCCAAUAGGAACCCGCGGAAGGCGCGAAUUCGCUCGUCUCCUCCAGCUCCCUGUCUCAGAUAAUCAAAACACAAUUCAUGGUCAGAUCAUUGUCUCUGGUUUCGAAUCAGACACGUAUCUAAACAACAUUCUGAUGAAAACGUAUUCACAAGUUGGUGAUAUGGUUAAUGCACGCAAGGUGUUCGAUAAAAUUCCCGAGAGAAACUUAGUUACUUGGUCUACUAUGGUUUCAGCUUGUAACCGUCACGGGCUUUACGAAGAGUCUUUAUCGAUUUUCCUAGAGUUUUGGAGAAGUAGAAAAAGUAGUCCCAACGAGUAUAUUUUAUCGAGUUUUAUUCAAGCUUGUUUACAUGUUAGUAGGGGGAGUUCGUUGGUUUUUCAAUUGCAAGGUUUCAUCUUUAAGAGUGGGUUUGAUAGGGAUGUUUACGUUGGCACCUUGUUGAUUGGUUUUUAUCUGAAAGAAGGUGAUGUUGAUUACGCGAGGCUUGUGUUUGAUGGUUUACCGGAGAAGUCUACUGUGACUUGGACGACUAUGAUCAAAGGGUAUGCGAGAAUGGGGAGAAGCUAUGUUUCGUUGGAGCUGUUUUAUCAACUGAUGGAGAGUAACGUUGUUCCUGAUGGUUAUAUACUUUCGACGGUUUUGAGUGCGUGUACAAUGCUUUUGUUUUUGGAAGGUGGGAAGCAGAUUCAUGCGUAUGUUUUAAGACAUGGACAUGAGAUGGAUGAUGCUUCACUGAUGAAUGUGCUUAUAGAUUGUUAUGUGAAGUGUGGGAGAGUUAUAUCUGCUCGUAGGUUAUUUGAUGGGAUGUGGAAUACAGAUAUUACAUCGUGGACCACGAUACUCUCUGGUUAUAAGCAGAACUGUCUUCAUAAGGAAGCGAUGGAGUUGUUUUCUGGAAUCUCGAAGUUUGGUUUGAAGCCAGAUGUCUAUGCUUGCUCUAGCGUACUCACAUCUUGUGCGUCACUUCAUGCUCUGGAGUAUGGAAGACAUGUUCAUGCUUACACUGUUAAAGCCAAUCUUGGCGGUGAUAGCUAUGUGACUAACAGCUUGAUCGAUAUGUACGCGAAAUGCGAUUGUUUGAGAGAUGCGAGAAAAGUUUUUGACCUUUUCGGCGGUGAUGAUGUGGUUUUAUAUAAUGCAAUGAUUGAAGGUUAUUCAAGACUUGGGACGCAAGGUGAGCUACAUGAGGCAUUGAGCAUCUUUUGUGAUAUGAGGUCACGAUUGAUUCGGCCUAGUGUAUUGACUUUUGUUAGCCUUCUACGUGCAUCUUCUUCUUUAUCAAGCUUGGAACUCAGCAAACAGAUCCAUGGUCUCAUGUUCAAAUACGGGGUAAACGUGGAUAUCUUUGCUGCAAGUGCUUUGAUUGAUGUUUACUCAAAUUGCUACUCCAUCAAGGAUUCUAGGCUUGUGUUUGAUGAGAUGAAAGAGAAAGAUCUCGUUGUCUGGAACUCAAUGUUUUCAGGUUAUGUUCAGCAAUCAGAGAACGAAGAAGCUCUCAAUCUGUUUACGGAACUACAGUUAUCAUCAAGGGAAAGACCUGACGAAUUUACUUUUGCCGACAUGGUUACAGCAGCUGGUAACCUGGCAAGUCUUCAAUUAGGUCAAGCGUUCCACUGCCAGGUCAUGAAAAGAGGCUUGGAAUGUAACUCAUAUAUUACAAAUGCUUUACUAGAUAUGUAUUCCAAAUGUGGAAGUCCUGAAGAUGCUUAUAAAGCUUUUAGUUCAGCAGCUUCCAGAGAUGUGGUUUGUUGGAACUCUGUUAUCUCAUCUUAUGCCAAUCAUGGAGAAGGCCAGAAAGCUCUUGAGAUGCUGGAGAGAAUGAUGAGUGUAGGAAUAGAGCCUAACUACAUCACCUUUGUGGGAGUUUUAUCAGCGUGCAGUCAUGCUGGUCUAGUGGAAGAUGGGCUUGAGCAGUUUGAGGUUAUGCUCCGACUUGGGAUAAAACCAGAAACCGAACACUAUGUUUGUAUGGUCUCUCUAUUAAGCCGUGCUGGUAGAUUAAACGAAGCAAGGGAGUUAAUUGAGAAAAUGCCUGAAAAACCACCAGGUAUAGUAUGGAGGAGCUUGCUGAGUGGAUGCGCUAAGACUGGUAACGUGGAGUUAGCUGAGCAUGCUGCUGAAAUGGCUAUUGCGUCUGAUCCAACGGACAGUGGGUCGUAUAUUUUGCUUUCUAAUAUAUACGCGUCAAAGGGUAUGUGGGGUGAUGCGAAGAAGGUAAGAGAGAGAAUGAAGUUUGAUGGAGUGGUGAAAGAACCGGGACGUAGUUGGUUUCUGAUUGAUAACGAGGUUCAUGUAUUUUUGUCCAAGGAUAAAUCUCACCGCAAUGUGAAUCAGAUUUAUGAAGUGUUAGACGAUUUGGUUCUGCAGAUAAGAGGGCUUUAGUUAAGUAACCAUACAAGAAUUCAUUUUCUAUUGAGUGAUUGGCUCUAUGUGAUUAACGGACCAAUACAG